AUGCGAAAGAGAAAUCUCAAUUUGACUCAUCCAAGCUUUUUGAACCCACAGUAUGAGCUAGUUGUGCUCCAUCCAGAACAUUUCCUUCCUGCUGGAAGCGUCCUCACCUGCUAUGAUCCAGUGCUGGCUAGCCACAAGACGUACACUCCAUCACCCGAUCGCCGGUUCCUGGUGACAUCACCCAACCCCCCUUUCCACCGUUCUCUGGACCAAAUCGCGAUCCGGGCUCGCUACUGA